CCAGUGGAAGAGGACGGGCGCCGCACUCCAGCCAUCACCUUGCCUACCUGCUAAAAUGAUGGGGUACAUCCUUCUCCUUGCCCUCAUUGGGCUCUGCAGCGCCCAGUCCCGGCUUGGCAGCUACAAUUUGGAUAGCACUGCGACAGUUUCUGGAUUGUCCUCCGGGGCCUACAUGGCCAAUCAGUUUCACGUGGCACACUCAGGAAAGGUCACAGGAGCCGCUAUCUUUGCAGGAGGUCCCUAUUAUUGUGCGUUGGGAAACGCAUUAACAGCCUCCACCACAUGUAUGAAAAUCCCUUCUGCCAUCGGUCUUCUUGCAAUAAGAACGUAUACACAAACCGCUGCAAACACAGGAUUCAUUGACCCAUUGUCUAACCUGGGCCGUGGACGUGUCUUCAUCUUUUCUGGAACAAAAGACAGUGUCCUCAUACAAGGGGUGGCCAAGAAGCUGCAGGAGUUCUACACAGGGUAUAUAAGCUCUGCAUCUAUAAAAACUGUAUACAAUGUGGCUGCUGAACACGGGAUGCCUACCGACAGCUACGGAGGUACCUGUGGAAUAUUGAACGAUGUCUAUAUCAAUAACUGCAACUACAACGGUGCUUAUGAAGCUCUAAAUCACCUCUAUGGUGGACUGCAGAAACCCAGCAGUAGUGCCGGACAGUCUGGACAGCUGAUCCUGUUUGACCAAUCCGAAUUUUUCAACCUGGCCCCUGCUAUCACUUAUGGCAUGGACUCAGCAGGAUACAUCUAUGUCCCUUCAGCAUGUGCAAGUGGAACAAGAUGCAGGCUUCAUAUUGCAUUCCAUGGAUGUCUCCAGGGCAGAGAGAAGGUUGGUGAUACGUUUGCCAGAUAUGCCGGUUACAACCAAGUCGCUGAUCUGAAUAAUUUCAUCAUCCUCUAUCCUCAAGCCAGGACCAUUUUGACCAACCCUAACGGAUGCUGGGACUGGUGGGGAUACACAGGCAUUGCCUAUGCUACCAAUGAUAGCUUCCAGAUAACUGGAGUGGAUAGGAUGAUGCGGAGGACUCAGGGACUGUAUUAAACACUUUGUUGAUUUCAUCUCUGGACAUUGAUUGCCCUGCUGAUUCACACCAGUUAUAAAAAGAAUGAUAAUAUGACUAUGUACAGCAUGUAAAAUCUACCUAGGACUAUGUACAAUAUUCUAGUAAUUUCCACCCAAACCAUAAUUUUUAGGGUUAAAAAACAUAAACAAACACUGAUACCUGGAAAUGAAUGAUAAAAUACAGUUCUGUUUCCUAACCGUCUCCAUUGAAAAACGGACUUGUAAAGGCAAUUGACAGAUGUGUGGUAGCGAUGGACCCGUAGGAAUGAGAAUUGGUUUUAUUGUUCAAAAGAAGAUGUGUUCUUCUUAGAGGAGUUGGGGAUACGCAGGCAUUGCCAAUGUGAAAGUGCAGGGCUUUGGUCUGAUUCAGGUCCUAGGCUGCUGCAUCUCUGAUCACAAAAGAAGAAAUGCUCAUCUAAACAUCAAAUCAUAGAUGUGGUUUGGGGAGCAUCUAACUAAAAUUUGUAAUUUUGCUUAGAAAUUGUGUACAAUAUUUAUUGAACAAGAACAUCAGAUGCAACUAAUGCAUUUCAGAGAAGGGCCUAACCCUUCUUCAAGGCUUAUAUAUCGAUUUGGUAUUUGAUCAAGUUGGGUUUUACUGUGAAGUCUAGAUUUUGUGACAUCUUUGUUCAAAAAAUAUUAUAAAUUAAUUUCCAAAUGAGAUAACCAUUUUUAAUGUCAUCAAACACAUAUUUUCAGUUUGUGAAGGCAAUGUGAUUGUCUGCAUUUUCUGCCAAUUAAUGUACUAUAAAGAUGUGGGUGUGUCAACAGCUGGAGACAGUUGUCAAAGAUGGCCAAAGCUUGAAUGUCCAAGACCAUAUUUAUGAUGUGUAAAAAAGGGGGUUUAUAGAUAAUGUUUUAGAAUAUAUAACAUAUUAUUUUAAUUUUGCAUAGAUCAAUUUAAAAAACAAAAUGUAAUGUAAAACUUUAACCAUAUGCAGAUAACAAUUAUCUAAAAAUCCAAGACAUUUCAUCCAUUUCAUGCAGUAGCUAUUGCAUUAUAAUGCACUUUGUUAUUCAAACCUAAAUCAAGGAGCUCCAGUCAUCUAUGCAUUUCAAAGAAUAUGUCUGCCUUAUCUGGACUCUGGUGUCGCUUUUAAUUUUAACAAACUUGUCUUUAGUAAUUCAAUGUCCAGUUGAAUAACAAUCAAAUUAUACAGCAAGUACAUACAGCCACAUUAAUAAUAUGUAAAUGUAAUGGAUCAAAUAUCUUGGGUUUUUAGAUAUUUGUUACUUGUAUAUGGAAAAUGUUUUACUGCACCGUUAAAAAAUAAAUAAAAAAUCUAUAUACAAAUAAAAUUAAAUAUUUUUAUAUAUGUUAUGUUUUCUAAGAUUCUUAUAUGACAUAGUCUGACAUAGCGGCCCCCUUUUUGUUAUACAUUGUGAAUAUAAUUUUGGACAAUUAGUGUGGAGGUCAGGGCUGUCAUUUUCUCCACUACAAGCUAAUAUUACAAGAUGUGAAUGUGUGGUAGAAACCACAUUAUACAACUGGACAAUGGAUUGAAAUGUUCUUGUUGCUUAUGUACAUAUCAUUUAAGGAGACCUGUUACAUACCAUUUAAAGCUAUUCAAACUAACUUUAAAAACUUGAAAUCAGAGGUAUUUUCAUGAACCCUUAUUCAUUAUCCUGAAUGCCCUAAAACCUCUGAACUCAGAUGCUCAAAAUUCAAAUGCCUUCUCCCAGUUCUGAAUUUGGGGCUCAGUCAAUUCCCCCAGUCUAGUCAACACUCCCAAUUCCCCCAGUCCAAUGCAACAAGUUUUAUCAACCUAUAGACAGUUUGUCAGAGGUUUGACUUCAGAGAUGAACGCCUAUGUCUGCAUACUGAGUUCUGAACGUUUAGAGGUUUUUGGGGGUGAUUAGGAAAACAAAGGUUUAUGUAGGAAGUUCUCAGGGCCCGUUACAAAAAUUGUCUUGGGAAAAAUACUUGUAUAGAUCAACUGCAAAAUUGCUUUGCAAUAACUUUAAUAAAUAUAGAUAAAAAUAGUAUUA